UGCUGAAGUGUAAGAUGAGAGCAUCACACUUUGCACCGUAGAUAACAGCCGGUAGACGGCGGUCGGAUUAUCAGAGACGCGGACAGUCUUGGCGAAUCGCGGGUCUUGGCAGCAGCGCAGUGUCUUUGGUGAACACGCCCAACGGUGUCGCGGGUCCUGGCUGCAGCAGCGUCUUGGCAGAUCCCACUCCAGCGAGUCGACUUUGGCGGAUCACAGCAGCUCCGGACGGCGACCAUGGCCCGGGCUAAUGACGGUGCUUACUUUAAGAGGACCAGCCUCUUCUGGAUGCUCACCCUCACCCUGUCUCUGGGGUUGUACACGUGGAUCGUUUUCUGGCCGGACCAGGUUCCCUACGCAAGCAUGGGUCCCUUAGGCUCGUUCUUCCAGUACCUGGUGAAGCAGCACUUCACAGCCAUGUACUAUGGCUGGUGGCUGGUCUGGAUGAUCCACAUCAGUGAAGCUUUCUACAGCCAGAAGCUGUGCAGGGACAAGGGCGUGGACAGCCAGCUAGCAUGCAGCAUGUGGUUCGUGCAGACUUUCCUCUUCGGAAUCGCCUCCCUGGGGCUUCUCAUGAAGUACAAACCAGAUGCCAGGUUCAAACGUCAUUAAGGUCACCAGACUGAGCAUAGAUAAAGAGUAACAGCCCUGACCUGGAGGACCACAACAGCCCUGACCUGGAGGACCACGACACCACUGACCUGGAGGAUCAUGACAUCACUGACUUGGAGAAUCAAGCUGAAUACCCUUGACCAAGAGUAUAGUACCAACCAGCAGGACUCCAGCUCAGGGGACAGACGUGACUCUCAGGCUUUCCCACAAUUCCUUGCAAACCCAUCACACAAACCAUGACAUCAUCAAACGGUUCCCCAAUAUGUGGCUGGUAACAGCCAGACUUUUUGUAGUCGCCUUUCAUAGCCUCAUUUUAAAGAGCAAAAUUUUUGCCGUUAAAACAUUAUUAGAUUAAAGAUAUUUUUGGUCUGAACUUUGCUGUGCAGACAUAUCAAACAUUGAAUUGUUUGUUUUGCUUCAUUUAGCUUGCUAGAGAUUUGCCUGAUGAGGGCAGUAGGAUUCUUUUCUUGUAUGUUAUAAUUCUGUAAGAUUCUAAUCUCUGAUUUGAGUUUUCCAGCCUUCCAGUUGCUUAUCCAGUGUUGGGUCUCAGUGUGGGUGAGCACUUCAGCGUGUAGGGGCACACCUGAUUGGAUGCCAGAUGGUCACAGGGCAAACACACACACACACACACACACACACACACACACACACACCAUGGGCAGAUUAGAUAUGCCGGUUAGCCUGACUGCACUUGGGCUGUGUGAGGAAGCCCAGGUAGCAGGGAGAUCAUUAAAAAUGCAUAAACGGAGACGGUGGUAUUUAUGUGGCCGCAGCCCCCCCACUCAGCCACCCUAACACUGGAUCCGCUUCCACCUGUCAUGUGCAGCGCAUCGGCGGUUUCUGGAAGCCCAAGCAUUCAUUCAUGUCGGAACCGAACAUUUGCUACCAAACGGAGCGGCACCAGUGCCCUGGUGUUCAGCCCAGGCCCGGUGCUGGCUCUGUGCAGUGUGGAUCAUGCCUUUUAUAACCAGAAUAAAACCCUGAAAGAAAA